GGGCGCGGACUGCGGUAGAAUGCUAGCCGGGCUCCUCCGGCGCUGCGAGACGUCGCUCGAACGCGGUCAGGUGCCUCUCGCCGCUCCUCUAACUUGCCACUUGGUCGCGUUGGGUCUCCGAGGCUCUCUACCCUUUGGGGUAGUGGGGGGCGGGGGGAGUGGGGAGUUCGAGGGUCUGUGGUAGCCGAAGGGGGGAUCAGGCGAGGGGGAGCCUGCCGGGUGCCGCUCUUCUUCCCCCUCCCCCCACCCCGUCGCGGCCGCUUUCCCUUCUGCCAAUUCGGAGAGCGUCGGGCUCCUGUGACAUGCGAUCGCUGCCAAGUGACGGUCCCCGAGUCUGAAGUGCCCGCGAGGAAGUGAGCGCCAAGGCGGGCCGCCGGCGAUGACAGCCAUGAAGCAGGAGCAGCAGCCCACCCCGGGGGCCAGGGGGAGCCAGGCGCAGCCGGCGGACCAGGAACUGGGAAGUAACAGCCCUCCACAGAGAAACUGGAAGGGAAUUGCUAUUGCCUUGCUGGUGAUUUUAGUUGUAUGCUCACUCAUCACUAUGUCAGUCAUCCUCUUAACCCCAGAUGAACUCACAAAUUCAUCAGAAACAAGAUUGUCUUUAGAAGAUCUCUUCAGGAAAGAUUUUGUGCUUCAUGACCCAGAAGCUCGGUGGAUCAAUGAUACAGAUGUGGUGUACAAAAGCGAGAAUGGACAUGUCAUUAAACUGAAUAUAGAAACAAAUGCCACCACAUUAUUAUUGGAAAACACAACUUUUGUAACCUUCAAAGCCUCAAAACAUUCAGUUUCACCAGAUUUAAAAUAUGUUCUUCUGGCAUAUGAUGUCAAACAGAUUUUUCAUUAUUCCUAUACUGCUUCAUAUGUGAUUUACAACAUACACACGAGGGAAGUUUGGGAGUUAAAUCCUCCAGAAGUAGAGGACUCCGUUCUGCAGUAUGCAGCCUGGGGCGUCCAGGGUCAGCAGCUGAUUUAUAUUUUUGAAAAUAAUAUCUACUAUCAACCUGAUAUAAAGAGCAGUUCAUUGAGGCUGACAUCUUCUGGAAAAGAAGGAAUUAUUUUUAAUGGGAUUUCUGACUGGUUAUAUGAAGAGGAACUUCUGCAUUCUCACAUUGCCCACUGGUGGUCACCAGAUGGAGAAAGGCUUGCCUUCCUGAUGAUAAAUGACUCGUUGGUGCCUAACAUGGUUAUUCCUCGGUUUACUGGAGCAUUGUAUCCCAAAGGAAAGCAGUAUCCCUAUCCUAAGGCAGGUCAAAUGAACCCAACCGUCAAAUUAUAUGUGGUAAACCUAUAUGGACCAACUCAUACUCUGGAACUCAUGCCACCUGACAGCUUUAAAUCAAGAAUAGUGAUAGGACGGGAAGCCAGUGAGAACACAGAGGACGAGCUCCUCGAGGACUUCCCGGGGAAUCCAGAGCCACGGAGACUAGGAACAAGCAGGAAGCCAGUUGUAAGGAAGGGACACUUCCGCUGGUCACUGGUCGUGAGACAGCAGAUCUUAUGUGUUCAUGAGAUGGAGCUCCAGGAGGACAGCUGCAGCAGCAACAGGCAGGCCAAGGAGAGGGAUUUCCAGAAUGAAGAGCCAGUGUUUUCUAGAGACGGCAGCACAUUCUUUAUGACAGUUCCCGUUAAGCAAGGGGGCCGUGGAGAAUUUCACCACAUAGCGAUGUUUCUUGUCCAGAGUAAAAGUGAGCAAAUUACCGUGCGGCAUCUGACAUCAGGAAACUGGGAAGUGAUAAAGAUCUUGGCGUACGAUGAAACUACUCAAAAAAUUUACUUCCUGAGCACUGAGUCUUCUCCCAGAGGCAGGCAGCUGUACAGUGCUUCUACUGAAGGAUUAUUGAAUCGUCAAUGCAUUUCAUGUAAUUUUAUGAAAGACCAAUGUACAUAUUUUGAUGCCAGUUUUAGUCCUAUGAAUCAACAUUUCUUACUACUCUGUAAAGGCCCAGGCAUCCCAAUGGUCAGCCUACAUAGCACGGAAAACCCAGCAAAGUAUUUUAUACUGGAAGGCAAUUCCAUGCUGAAGGAAGCUAUCAUGAAGAAGAAGAUAGUAAAGUCAGAAAUUAAAAUGCUUCAUAUUGACGACUAUGAACUUCCUUUACAGUUGUCCUUUCCCAAAGAGUUUACGGACCGAAACCAGUAUGCUCUUCUGUUAAUAAUGGAUGAAGAACCAGGAGGCCAGCUGGUUACAGAUAAGUUCCACAUUGACUGGGAUUCAGUACUUGUCGACACAGAUGGUGUAAUCACGGCACGAUUUGAUGGCAGAGGAAGUGGAUUCCAGGGCCUGAAAAUUUUGCAGGAGAUUCAUCGACGGUUAGGGUCAGUGGAAGUAAAGGACCAAAUAGCAGCUGUGAAAUUUCUACUGAAACAACCAUACAUUGACUCCAAAAGAUUAAGCAUUUUUGGAAAGGGGUAUGGUGGCUAUAUUGCAUCAAUGAUCUUAAAAUCAGAUGAAAAGCUUUUUAAAUGUGGAUCAGUGAUUGCACCCAUCACAGACCUGAAAUUGUAUGCCUCAGCAUUCUCUGAAAGAUAUCUUGGUAUGCCAUCCAGGGAAGAAAGCACAUACCAGGCAUCCAGUGUGCUACAUAAUAUUCAUGGCUUAAAAGAAGAAAAUAUAUUAAUAAUUCACGGGACCGCUGACACAAAAGUCCAUUUCCAGCAUUCAGCAGAAUUAAUCAAACACUUAAUAAAAGCUGGAGUGAAUUAUACUAUGCAGAUCUACCCAGAUGAAGGUCAUAACGUGUCCGAGAAGAGCAAGUAUCAUCUCUACAGCACAAUCCUCAGAUUCUUCAGUGAUUGUUUAAAGGAAGAAAUACCCGUGUUACCACAGGAACCAGAAGAAGAUGAAUAAUGGACCCUAUUUAUACAGAACUGAAGGGGAUAUUGAGGCUCAAUGGAACGUAACCAAGAGACUGUAAUAUUGUACAUGCUCCAGAAUUUCAAGGGCAGCUUAAGGAGAUGACACUGGAACAGCACACUCAGAGACACUGAACUAGAAUCUGAAGACAGAUGUCCAAAUCUACUGUGUUGCUAAGGGUGCAGAACCUGUUUGUGUAAGGAAGGUCAAAGGGUUGGUUUCCUGGGAGAACUUAGUUUUGCAUUCAAGUAGGAGUAGUGCAUGUUUUCUUCUGUUAUCCCCCUCUUUGUUCUGUAACUAGUUGCUCUCAUUUUAAUUUCAGUGGCCACCAUCAUCUUUGCAUACGAUGCACACUUAUCAGCACCACAUCCCUGAUUUUUGAUGGCUGAGCUGCAACCUAACACCUUACUGUAUCUUUACAAUAAGUGCAAUUCCUUCAUUGUCUAUUAUUAUGCUUAAGAAGAUAUUCAGUUAAUAAAAAGCAGAGUAUUUUAUGUAAUUUCUGUUUAUAAAACAUUAUUAAGUGGGUCAAAGGUCAUGUAGAAAUACAGAUUUCAGCACCUUCCAAAGUUCAGCCAGUUAUCAGUAGAUACAGUAUCUUUAAAUCAACACACGAGUGUAUGUCUCACAAUAUAUAGACACACGUGUGCAUAUACAGUCAAUAAAUCUAUCUUUACAUGUUAUUCAUGCUACAAAGGAUAAACUUCUGAUGAAUUAGAAGAGAUGAUCUUUUACAGGCUAUAAUGGAUGCUUUGUUUAAUGAGCCAAAUAUGAUGAAACAUUUUUUCCAAUUCAGACUCUAGCUAUUGCUUUCCUAUAAAUGUUUGGGUUGUGUUUGGUAUCGUUUUUAGUGGUUACUAGUUUUCUAGUUGCAAUUUAAUUUUUUGAAUAUGAUACCUUGUCACAUGUAAAUUAGAUACUUAAAUAUUAAAUUAUAGUUUCUGAUAAAGAAAUUUUGUUAACAAUGCAAUGCCACUGAGUGCUAUUUUGCUCUUUGGGUAAAGGCUUUUUUUAAAACACUUGGUCCUUUUACUUCUCUCUCUCUCAAAGCAGAAUCAAUUCUCAUUUUCAUUGUAAAAGCAAAGAGCUGGAUUAUUUCAUUCGCCAGUUCCUAUUUAGUAUUCUGUGCCUGCCCACUUCAUCUGUUACUGUUUAAUUUAAAUCCUUCUGGUGAGAAAUAGAAAUGAAAUAUUUUUUAUUCAUUGGCCAAAAAGUUCACAAGCAGCAGUGUUUGCUCUUUGAGUUGAAGGCACAAAUGCAUUAAUCCCUGUGCUGUAUUGACUUGCAGUAGUAACUGAGAGUGUAAAAUAAACCUGACUGUAUGAAGUCAAACUUAAGUCAUGAGAAUAUUAAAUGUGGUGACUAAAAUCACUUUGGUGACGUAAGAGAUCUUCCAGAUGUCUGAAAGUCUGUAAUCAAGCUUGGAAGUUCAGAUAACUUGAGGCAGUGUACUAUGUUUUUGUGGUUUUUCUCAAAUUCCUCAGGACAGGCUGGAUACCAGGACAUCAGAACACCAGGAGGAAACUUAACAAGGUCACAGAACUGCUCAGUAACCCUCUUGUUUGUUUGAAGGGUCAGCUCCAAAAUUUGGGUAUUUGGAAACGUAUAAAUUGUUUUUUGGAUAUCCAGCUUUUCUUCUGGAUUCUAUGCGAUUGCGUCUUCACUGCUCCGCUGAAUUCAGUUUAAAAUGGGAAAGGCUCACUGUUCUGAGAGACCCAUUUCAGGUCUUUUUCAAGAAGAGUAAACACAUUUUUUUAAAAAAAAAUAAGUUUUAAUGUUGAAAAGGAAAGUUUUGCCUAUUUUAUUAAGAUGGAGAUUUCUUUUUAGGCUGAUUUGAAGUCCAACUGAAGCUUUUUAAAUCAAUAUUUUAAAUUUCAACCACUAGAGUUUUUAUGAUGCAAAUAAUUAUGUUGUCUGAAAGAUGUGGUUUUACUGGAUGUCUAUUUGAGCAACAUUUUAAAAGUAUUUGCCUUUUACUGUUCAUCAUUGCUCCUGUUUUAUUACUAUUAUCAAUGUUUAUCUAUUUUUCAAUUAAUUUAAUACAGUUUCUAAUGUGAAAGA